UUUAGAAGAAGUAUUACAAUUUAGAACACCUCUACAGUGUGACCUAAUGUAACUUAAUGACUCAGACUCUACAACAGAAGUACAUAUGACAACUAGUAAAUAGGAAGUUCCGAUGAGCACGUUAACGCAGCUUAUCUACACACAUUGAACUUGGCCUGCAAAUUGUAGCCAGCUAGCGACACUUUAGCUAGCGACACUUCUAGAACUCCUCCCCGGCAUGCUGCAUGUCCAACAUGGAGGAACUGACGGUGGAGGUCCGUGGCUCCAACGGAGCUUAUUAUAAGGGAUUUGUCAAAGAUGUCCAUGAAGAUUCACUCACUAUUGCCUUUGAGAACAAUUGGCAACCUGAGAGACAAGUUCCUUUCAGUGAUGUUCGGAUGCCACCUCCAGCCAGCACUAAAAAGGACAUUGGGGAAGGAGAAGACGUGGAGAUAUUCUCCCGGGCCAAUGAGCAAGAACCAGGUGGCUGGUGGCUUGCGAAAGUUCGUAUGAUGAAGGGAGAUUUCUAUGUGAUCGAGUAUGCUGCCUGUGAUGCCACAUACAAUGAAAUAGUCACAUUUGAACGUCUCCGGCCUGUGAAUGUCAACAAGGCAGUGUCAAAAAGCUCCUUCUACAAGUGCACAGUCCCGGUUCCUGACGAUCUGAAAUCAGUGUGUGAUAGUGAACAAGCACAUAAAGAUUUUAAAAAGGCAGUGGGAGCUUGUCGUAUAGUCUACUGCCCAGAAACCAGUAACUUGGUUGUACUGUCAGUAAAUGAAGCCACAAUUAAGAGAGUGUCUUUGCUCAGUGACAUGCACCUGAGGAGCAUUCGUACUAAGCUCAUGCUCAUGUCCCGAAAUGAAGAGGCCACAAAACAUCUUGAGAGCACAAAGCAACUGGCUUCUGCUUUCCAAGAAGAGUUUACAGUCAGGGUGGACCUCAUGGGCCUUGCCAUUGGAAGCCAUGGCAGCAACAUUCAACAAGCCCGAAAAGUGCCUGGCAUCACUGCCAUUGAGCUGGAUGAGGGUAGUGGGACAUUCAGAAUUUACGGAGAGACAGAGGAGGCGGUGAAGAAGGCCAGGAAUUAUCUGGAGUUUAUCGAAGAUUCUGUUCAGAUUCCAAGACACUUGGUUGGCAAGGUGAUUGGUAAAAAUGGAAAAGUAAUUCAGGAGAUUGUUGACAAAUCGGGUGUGGUGAGAGUGAGGAUUGAGGGGGACAAAGAUAGCACCCAGCCACGUCAAGAAACACAGGGAAUGGUUCCGUUCACCUUUGUCGGCACUAAAGAGAAUAUUGGGAAUGUCCAGGUGCUUUUGGAAUACCACAUCGCCUACCUCAAUGAGGUGGAGCUGCUGCGUAUGGAGAGACUGCAGAUCGACGAGCAGUUGAGGCAGAUCGGGAUGGGACACCGGCCAUCCUCUGGUCGCCCGGGAGAUAAGGACAAAGGCUAUGCCGUAGAUGAUGGAGUGGCUGGUCCCUCUGUACACACCAGCCGAUCCUACACCGGAAGAGGGCGUGGACGAAGGGGCCCAAACUACACCUCUGGCUAUGGCACAAACUCAGAGCAAUCCAAUGCCUCUGAAACUGACUCUGAGCGGAAGGAUGAGCUGAGUGACUGGUCCCUGGCAGGAGAGGAACUAGAGAGGGAGACCUGGCCACAGAAAGAAAGCAGAAGAAGAGCUGUUUCAGGGAGGGGAAGAGGAGGGUCCCGUGGCAGGGGCCGUGGAGCUGGGAGAGGAGCUCCUUACACCGCUCUGAAGGAUCCUGAUAGCAAUCCUUACAGUGUGCUUGACAACACCGAGACGGACCAGACAGCUGACACUGACGCAAGUGACACUAACAUAAACACCAACCGCCGCCGCCGCUCCCGUCGGCGCCGGACCGAUGAGGACACCACAGUCAUUGAUGGCAUGAGUGAAUCAGACAAUGCAUCCCUAAGUGAGAAUGGUCUUGAUGAGUCAAAAGCUAAACCUCAGCGGCGUAACCGUAGCAGCAGACCCCGUAUCCGGCUACCAGAAGAAAGGCAACCAGUUACAGUGGCAGAUUACAUAUCCCGGGCUGAAUCACAAAGCAGACAGACGAGCCAAAAUGAAGUGAAAAAGAACAAAAAAGAAGUGCAGGAACAGGUUGAGAGUAUUGCAGAGGACAGCCUGUCUGCAGCAUCAAAGACGAGCAACGGAAGAGGUGACGAACCAAGUAUGACCUCCACAGAAGAGGCUGCCAACGUAUGUUACCAAGGGACCGGUGACCAGCAGGCUGUCCUGAAUGGUGUCUCCUAAUCUCCAGAUCCACUGAAAACCCAUUCGUUGUUCCUACGUUUUUACAAUAGUUACUGUACAAGCUUGCCAAAGAUAGACAUAUGGACUUCCAGAUACUCUACUGCACUUUUCAGUUUCCUUACUAGGGAACACGGAGGUGGUGAUUUAGCACUGAAUCAAGACAUAAGUGUUUCAAGUACAUGAUCAGAUGUUGUGCCUUGAGUAGAUUUAACACAGUUGCCCGGCUGUAGGUAAAGGUUUGUCAAUGUUGGCAAAGGGUUGGAAGAAUCCAGUUAUAUGAAUAUUUGUUGAAGAGCUAGCUGCUUUUGUUACGUUUUAAUAUGCAACCACUUCUUCGUUAUGAGGAAAGGUAGUAAAUGCAGUGUGAAUAAGAAAAAAAAAAAAACAUUUGCACUGAAUUGUAAUUUUUUCCAUAAGAACAACGUUAGUCUGGAAAGUGAUCUGUUAAUGUUUUUGUGAAAAAGGUUUUUGUAUGCUGAAUGACACUCCACACAGUAUAUCCCUGAUCUUUUUGAAGAUUGUACAGUAUACAUACUCAAUCUUAAGUCUAGUUUUAUAGCAUUUGGCCACCAUCUUAGUUGCUAUGGCUUGAUGCUGUAGCUUUUUGUACGCUGGCGUUGGACAGUAUAUGUAGGCUGGUCUAACAAAGUUGAGCAGUGCCCAAGAAAGUAUUAAAUCCAAUAGUUUUCUACAGCCCCCUCCUUCCUGAAAUCAAAAUCAAACAUAGAUGUCAAUGUAUGCGAGUACGCCGUCAUACCUCCUGCUGGUUGCGAGGCUGAUUAGCUAGACAAGUGUGAAACAGGUGUGCGUGAUAGACAAUGUUUGAUCUUGAUUUGGAGGUGGCGGCAUCAAAAGUCAGAUGUUACACUGCUUGAUUUGCUUUCCAUCAGAAUUGUCAACAGUGUCCAAUGCCAGGACAAAUGGUUCUGAGAGCAACAGGUUGUGGCAUAACUAGGAAUGGUGACUAAAUACUGUCUAACAAUUCCGAAACAUUACAAUCGGUCUAAAAACUGGGCUGCACAGUAAUAUUUGUUUGCUGGGAUUCUGUUUCUCAUGCACCUUGCAGAGCCUAUUAUGACUGUGUCAGUAACUUGUCAUUAAGGCGCAUUAUUGGGUUUAUUUAUUUUCAAAAUGUACAGUAUUUAAAAAGCUGUUAUUCUUAACACUAAACUGGCUGAAUGACCGUAUUUGCAGGUGACAAUUUGGACUACUGAGAGAUCAAUUUCCAGAUUUUUUUUUCAGUAAAUUGUUUUUUUAAUGACCAUUCUUGUUGUUUGACAUGCAAUAUGUUUUGUAUGCCGGUAGUUCUUAAAUAAAAGUUGAUCUUCCAUCCAGAUCCAAAA